AUGAGUAAAGCUCCAACUCAAUUUUCAGCAAAAUCCAAAAUCUAUGCAUCACUACAUCAAGACGAAAUUGCUGAUCGUACACGCCAAGCAUUUGAAAAAGCUGGCGGACCAAAUCAUUUCCAAUCUAAAACAGUUUCUCUUGCAGCAAAAGAGGUUGUUGGAUCAAAAGAGCACAAGUUCUGCACCCUUCAACCAAGAAUUACUCCAAUUGAUAACGAUCCCUGGAAAGAUGGAUUUUCAUUAGUUGUUGCUUUCUUAAAACACUACAAGAUGCAAAAUACAUUAGAUACUAUCAUGACAGAACUCGGAUCUAGCCCAUUUCCAGAGCAAAAGCAUGUUUAUGAUCCAAAUCUAACAGAAACGUAUUUCAAACAGCUAACUGAUCUUCAAGAGAACUUUGCGGCACGUGACUUCGAACAAAAUGUUAUGAAUUUCAUGGAAGAUAUUAAAUACGAAGACGCACUUCAAUUUUCUCCUUUAGUUAGUCAGUCUCCUAUCAGUAAGAAGCGCCCACUUAAGUACGAUACAAAACCAGUACAAAAAGGUCGUAAGAAAGUUUAA